AAACAGGGCAGCUUUCCACAGACCAUCAGGUUGAUGGAAACAACACACUUACACACUGUUAAAACUCAGUGUUCUACUUUGGAUCUUCAAUGUCACCUCCAAGGGCCAUGUGUGGAAGGCUGGUAUCUGGUCUGUUGUUGUUCUGGUCUGUUGGUCAUGGAUGGAACCUUUAAGAGGUGGAACUUAGUGUGAGGAAGUCAGUUCACUGGGGAUAUGACUCUGAGGGGAUACCAGGACCUGUCCGUUCUUUUUCCUCCCUCUUUUUACUCCUGCCAUUAGGUAAACAGCUCCUUCCGCCACACACUCCCACCAUGGCAUGCUGCCUCAACGCAGGCCCAAAAGCAAUGUGGCUAAUCAACCAUGGACUGAAACAUCUGGAACAGUGAACCUAAAUAAAUAUUUCUUCAUUAUAAGUUGAUUGAUCUCGCACUUCCGGCGUGGCUAUGGCGGCUAAUGGCAACCACAGACCUGUCCUAGCUCUUGCCACUAGAGCUUGUGGACAAGUGUAUAGGAUAAAGAAUUCACGUCGUGAUGAAGAGUGAUAAAGAAAUUGUUGGGACACUUCUGGGAUUUGAUGGCUUUGUCUGUAUGGUAUUGGAAGAUGUCACAGAGUUUGAAAUUACACCAGAAGGAAGAAGGAUUACAAAAUUAGAUCAGAUUUUACUAAAUGAAAAUAAUACACGGAUGCUGGUUCCUGGAGGAGAAGGGCCUGAAGUAUAAGUGGAUUUCCUUGACUUAUUCUGGCUUUUUAAAAACCUUUAUUGUUUAGAUUCUAUAAAAUGAAGUUUCCGUUAAAAGGAAAUACUUUGAAUAUAUA